GCAUACUCUGUGCGCGUGUUACGACUCGAGCGGUACGUCGCUGGGAUGUCUUGGUCGACGAUACCUCCGCAUCUUCGUACUCGACUUAUUUCACAUGGACAAAAAGUUUGUGAGCUUUACAAAGCAGCGCUUUACGAUCUCAAAGCGAAAAAUCGUGACGUUUUGAAGUAUCGCUAUCAUGCUGUUUUAAUGCGAGCACGUUUUGAAGAAAACAGAAACAUUAAGGAUGCAGUUUUGGCGAGGAAAAUGCUGGAAGAUGGAUGGGCUGAACUAAAACAGAUUGAGGCUCCUUAUCCGUACAAAUAUCCUGAUGCACCAGGAGGUGCUGCUUACGGAAGGGAAACUGUUUUUAAUGACUCUGUGAGUAUUUUUCAUUGUUGUUUGCCACAUAAUUUAUUGCAAAUGUUUAAAUUUCGAAUUUCUGCUUGCCCUUUCGUUUUACUCAAGAUGUGUUUCUGUCUGUAAACAUAGCUACCGUAAAAAGCUUGUUGCUUCUAUAUUUCAAACGUUCAUUACAUCACCUUCGUUAAGAUUCGGCAAAAGCCGUGCAUCAUUUUAGUGUGUCAGCUUCCUGAUAAUCAUGGAAAAACGAGCUAGGUUGAUGGCAAAAACGGUAACCAUGGUUGUUCAAAGGCUGUAAGCAAAGAAAAGAAAUUAUUUAGAAAGCUAAGGCAGUAAUAUAGAUAUUUAGUAACUUAAGUAAAUGUAGACUCCUCCAUACGACCGACCUUAAACUAUAUAUAUAUAGCUUUCAUUUGGUUGCUAUAUCUUUAUAUCCUAAAACAUACGAUAACCUAAUGGCUAGGGCGCUCCAUUUUUAGAUUCCAGCUCCCGGGUUCGAAUCUCCUACUUUACCUUCGGCUCAGACCUACAAGUAAUAUCAUUAACCCUCAUUUAGGAUGUUUCGUACACAAGUACCUAAUGAAUGGGUUAAAUUGCCAUUAUUUCUUAGAGCUUAAGAGGUUCAUUAGAUUUUCCCAGUUGUCUUCCUGUUGAUCCCCGUUAUCAGAGUCUCCCGGUCUGUUUUGGGUUAGCCUGCGUGCAUUGUAUACACCUUGUCAAUCUGCUUUUUGGCUCAUUUUCAUAUUCAGCUGGUCUAGUGCGAGCUGGGUUAAUUAGUCGCUUAGCCACAGAAACAUACUGUUUUAUUCCCAAUUUAGUAGUAGGAGCGCUUAACUUUCGUUUUCGGAGCCACAAUUGCCACUGUUGUCAAACCAAAUUAUCCUGUUUAGGGAGCUUUGCUCACACGAAGAGUAGUUACUAAAAUAUGUACUGUAUACAAUCGUGACCAGUGGUUAUCCACUUAUAAGUGGCUUCAAUAUUAACCCCAUCAUUUAUGUAACGAUUUUUUUGCUUUUAUGAUGACGUGCGUAUGUUUGUCAUUUUGGAAGGUUAAAAAGAUUUCUUUCGAGUCACUUUCAAUCCGAACAGUAAUCGAUUCUUACAGAAACGUAUUUGUGAAAUUGAUGUUUAUCAAAGCACUUUUCAUUUCCAAUCUAGAUAAACAAGACAAGUGUGUAGCAGGUUGCUGUACUGGAAUCAUAGUUGUUUCUCAACUCAACAAUAGCACAAGAGCCAUCAACUAAUGUAUUCAAAUGACCUCCAAGAAUACAUAAAAAUAAAUAUGUUCUUAAGAAUUAGAGUAAGGUUGAGAAGGUGAAUCAAUGCCACCUUAUUAAACUAAGUUGUGCCACACAUGAUUCACACUUUAUGGUUUUUUCAUCGUUACAAUCUCACCCCAGGACGUUUUCACAGCGCUUAACCGACAUUUCAUGGACUGAUCAAAUUACUUUACAUGGUCGCCUUUUUUGUUCUAUAACCUGAUCAUUGAUCAAUGUGCCUUAUUCAUCGGCCAUUCUCACCUGAUAUUAUUAUUGUUACUUGGGAUGCUUCAACUACGUGGUUUAGUAUUUUGAACCUCGUCUUUUCUGCCUUCAGUAAUCGUUUCAGAUGACCUACUUAAUUACAAAAAAAGAUGAGUUUAAAGUACUCUCCAUUUGCCAUUCAAUAAUAUAUCUCGUUAAUCAUUUUGGUUUCUGGAUGAUAUGCGUGACUUCUAUGCUCCUACCAUGGUUUCAAUGGGUGACAAAACUAUUACGACUAAUCUGCCCUUUUGGAUAAGGAACCUUGUUAAUACUCACUCCUUUCACUUCCGAUUUUACUAAAUGGAGUCUUGCUCCGUUGGUAUUCAUCUAUGAUCUAAAUGUAAAAUGUUCUAUGAUUGAUCUGGGUUAUCGUAGUUAGUGAUGUAAUUAAGCACUUUAACCAAUUAAUUUGUCUUGGGAGUUUCACUCAUCACGAUAAGUUGUUAGUUGAAAAAAUCUCCACACGGAUUCGAAAAAACCAUUUGGUUUUUGUCUAUUCAUGUCACAUAUGGCGUAGGCAUGACAUUCCUUUGUCAGCCAAUGUUCAAGUAAGCUUUUCAUCAGUUUUCCCUAUUGUAGUGUAUGGCUAAAAAAAUCUCCUAUGUAAAUAGAAGAUAAAAUUAAACCUCAAUGAUUUGAUCUCAGGCCUCAUCGGAACAUUAACUAUACUAUAUGUAACAACAGAAUGAUCAGUGCUGUGAUUAAGCACAGGGUACCGGAUAAAGACAGGCUGAUAAGAAUGCUAAUUUCUGUCGACUGAGGUAAGCAAGACGUUUUUACGUAUAAGCGGCUUAGGAGUGGAUCGGGUAAAGUUACAGGCGGCUCAACUAAAAUGUGAUAUCCAUGGCACUGUUGACGGUUAGACUGAGCCAUAUUAGCUGGUGCAGAUCACUGAUUUAUGGCCCGUGUUAGCAGGAGAUUGAUUGAGUUAAAGCGUGUUCCACGUGGGGUUAUGUUUGAGCACGCUAUUCGGCCCAUUUCUAGCCAAUCAGCACUAGAGAAUAAUCGUGUCUCAAUUCUACAUGGUACUAAAAUUUUAACUGCACGCAUUUAUAUUUGAAUACAAACCACACUUGUAUGUGUAGAUUACUUGUUAUUACCUGAUUGUGUAAACCUUAGUAGGUUAAUUUGGGUCCGAAUCCCUUAUGAAAUCGAAUUCGUAGACCUAUAGUUCACAGCUCCACCUGCAUGUGGAUAUGUAUUAUAGUUGAUUGUUGCUUUUUGUUCUCUGGAUUUUAAAAAAAUAUAAAAGAUUCAAGCUUGAAAUCAGGUUUAUGCUAGUAGAGUUUGAGUCCCAAUCGAGAUGUAAAAAUCACAAAUAUUCCACGCUUGCGGGAACUGAAGUGGGAUGCAUUGGUUCACGCCUAUCAGAUAAUGGAGAGUGAGUACCUGACCCAUUGGACUACCCUUUCAUUUUAUCGAUACAGGUUGUGGAGUUAUCAACAUCUAAACGGUUUUUCUAAAAAUCUUUUUUUGCUUAGAUCAAGUGUCUUGUCGGAUUUACCCUAAAAUUUUUUGAUAGACAUACAAAGUAUCUGGUUUCAUGGAUUUGUCACUUACCAAGUUACCGUCGAUUUCUAAUCUCUCUUUGACAGAACUAUGACCUUUGGCAUCCAUUAGAAAAAAAGCAGUAUCCUGACUUCUUUGCAAGACGGGAAAAGCGUAAAAAGGAAUUUAUCGAAGCCUGGGUCAAACGUUAUGGUCCUGAAAAUGAAAAAGUGUUUUAGUUGACUUUGUGAACAAGAAAUUCUCGUAGAUUUACUUUCAAGUGAUUAUAUCAAAUAAAUUUCUUGAAACCCU